AUGAGUGCAAAAUUAUCCAACAUGCUAUCAGAGAUUGAUACGAGCGUAUCCGGGAAUUUUUCAAGGGACUCACUCAAUGACGGGAAUAUAACAGGUCAAAGUACUCCAAGGAUAUUCCCCAUAUAUAUAUGCAUCAAUGAAUAUUUGAAAAGAAUGGAGGAUGAGCUGAAUAUGAAACCAGGUGAUAAGAUUCAAGUUAUCACGGACGAUGAGGAAUACAACGAUGGUUGGUACUUUGGGAAAAACUUGAGGACAAAGGAGGAAGGGUUAUACCCGGUGGUGUUUACCCAGGUUAUAAGCACAGAGAGGAAACCGACUUUGAUGAGAGCCAAAUCUUUGAAAAGAAUGAACAGUCCUUCGACGCCGAAUGAGGGCAGUGACAUAUCGGCAAGCUUCAACGGGUCGCUCAAUAACCACAGCACUAAUAUCAGUACGUCCAGUCAUAACAACGGUGAGGACGGUUUAACAUCCCUAGUGUCAAGGAUGACUACGAGUGGGGAGUUCUCUACGCCGAAAUCAUUGAGAAUGGCAGACUCUUCCCCAACAAAGAAAACAGGCACCAUCCGUGACGAAAUAUUCAAGAAUGACCCGCAAAAUGAUAAGCUGGACAGGAAAGUGUCGGUGAAGAGCACAAUGAGUGAUAUUGACAAAGCCAUUGACGAUUUCCAAUUUGAACCAGCAGGAGAAUCGACGAACGGCCCAAGCAACCCUACUUCACUGGUCAAUCUGAAUGAUGAUUCCGUUUCAUCCAGUUUUGUAAACAGUACCCUAUUUUCAAGCACGGCUGAUUUGAAUCUGGCUAACAGACCGCCUACUUCUGCGACGCCCCCCAUCGGAGAGCAGUCCAAAAACACAAAUGCUAAUCAUGACAGGAUAUCUGUUGCAAAUGCCGCUGACUGGACUCCAGAAGAAGUCUCUCAAUACUUUAUGCAAUGUGGCUUUGAUCAACAAUCAUCUUCGAUGUUCAAACAACACAAAAUUUCGGGUAAGAUUUUACUUGAAUUGGAAUUGGUGCAUCUGAAGGAACUAGACGUCAACUCUUUUGGGACGAGAUUUGAAAUGUUCAAAGAAAUUGAGUCUUUGAAGCAGCAGGUAAAGGCUCUACAGGAGAAUGUGAAUCAAGAUUUCGGCGUUGCUAAAACCCCUAGUUUUGGUGUGGACUCUGGAAAUCCAAUGUCGAGAGAAUUAAUGCCACCAGCUUUUGUCGAUUACCGAGCCCAAAGUUCGGAUACUAUACCGUCUUCCAAUGCGUCGACUCCAACCAUAUCAGUAACGAAAUCGUCAAAAAAAGAGAAAUCGCGCCCGACUUCCUUAGUUUUGAACAAUCAAACGCCAAGAAAUGUCUCGUCCAGUACCAUGCCUUUAGACAUUGUUGACGAAAUAGCUGAUCCUAGCAUGUUCGUCUCUCCAAGGAGAGCACCAAAACCGCCAUCUUAUCCAAGUCCAGUUCAACCUCCAAAAUCUCCAAUGAUCAAAUCAGCAGGCUCUAAUAAGUCGAACUCGACGCCUCUACUGAAUUCUAAUAAGUCUUAUUCGCCACCUUCCCUGUACCAAUCAUCAGCGAACAAAAGCGGUCCACCAAACAAUGAUAAGGAAAGUGUUGGGCCAGAAGCAUUAACAAUUAGGACACCUUCAGUAAAACAGAGUUUGCGAAUACCCGAAAGUGAUCCUGCUGGACUCCAUACUCAGAAUGACGAUGCUAGUACUAAUGGCAGACCCAGCUCGAGUGUUUACGAUAAUGCGUCCGUUGAAGAAGCUUUGGAAGAGAUGAAGUUGCAGGACGCAACGCCAGAUGAUGAUGAAGAUCCGAGAAAAGUUAAGAGGAAUUCCUCUAUGCGUUCAUACUUUUCGAAGAAUCAAGAUAAGAGAGCUAGUAGUACUUCUGGGUCUUUGAAGAGAAGCAGUUCAUUCACUCUCAAGAAGAAAAAUGGUCUGCUAACAAGUCCAUUCAAGCAACAAUUCACCGAUAGUGCAAACAGGAACGCUGCAGAGGAUAGAAACAUUUCGAAGACAAAAGAAGAUCCAAGGUCGCCACCUAAGAAAAAUAAAUUCAGAUCUGUCAGUGCCAAGGAGUCACCGGCAAACCAACCUGUCGAUGCUGCGAGAAAGAUUCUGGAAGGCGACAAAUCGAAGAGAUCGGUGAGCGAGGCAAUGAAAAACAAAUCUCUCCGCACUAUGGCCACAAGAGCUCCUCCAAAGAAACUGCAAACAACUGCGUUCACCGAGGGAUUGAGAACCAUUUCAGUCAAGGAUGCGAUGAAGACAGCUGGAUUCUCUGGCUGGAUGAGCAAAAAGGGGAGUGGCACGAUGAGCACGUGGAAAACAAGAUUCUUCACAUUGGAAGGUACCAGACUAUCCUAUUUUGCCAGUACUACGGACACCAGAGAGCGUGGUCUUAUUGAUGUGACUGGGUAUCGUGUAGUGCCGGCAAAAGAGGACGAUAAAUUUGUUUCUCUCUACGCCGCAUCUACAGGUAAAGGGCGUUAUUGUUUCAAAUUAUUGCCGCCCCAGCCGGGCUCCAAAAAGGGACUAACUUUCACUCAACCCAGGGUACAUUAUUUUGCUGUCGACACGAAAGAGGAAAUGAGAGGAUGGAUGGCGCAUUUAAUCAAAACCACCAUUGAUAUAGAUACCUCGGUUCCCGUUAUCAGUUCGUAUAGCACGCCAACCGUAUCUCUGUCCAAAGCUAAAGAAAUGCUAGCAGAAGCCCGCGCCGAAACUAAGCUGAGAGAAAAGGAAAGGUUGAUAAAUGACGACGAAGAAGACGAAGGAAAAAAAUUAUGGGAUCAACAACAUCAAAAUUCAAAGCUACGGUCCCAACAGCGAAAACAAGAAAAGUUUGCUAAAGGAAGUACUCCUAACAGUUCUACAGAAACUGUUACUAACACUGUAACCAAUACAAGUGCCGGUUCAAACGGCUUUGCAAGUCCAUAUCUGUUGGCGUCAGGAAUGUCGCCAGAUAUCAGCCGCGUCCCUGGAAGCCGAACUCCCCAUACAAAAGAUAAGAAAUUGGAAGGCGAUUACUUUGGCUCCAGUCUUGCAGAUGAACAAAAUUGA